CUCUGACGUCGUCGCCAAGCUGCUCGGCUGCGUCAGAGUCCAUGCGAGCGAAGGAAGACGGAAAGACGGAAUAACAAAAUCCAAAAAAAAACGGACCGAGUAGAGCGGACCGAGGCUGCCACGGAGACCGACCUGCGGUCUGCACAGCCGGACAGACAUGGAGGGCUACACGGAGGAAGAAUACAAAGAUAAAUUAUUAUGGAGCGUCAAACGAGAGGUAAAGCAGAUUAUGGAGGAAGCAGUGACUAAGAAAUUUGUCCACGAAGACAGCAGCCACAUCAUUGCUCUAUGUACUGCUAUCGAGGCCUGUCUGGGUCACCUGCUCAAGAGACGGGCAGCUGGUUUUCUCCGCAGUGACAAGAUUGCUGCCCUCUUCACCAAAGUCGGCAAAGUCUACGACACCGCUGGCGAGAUUUGCCGUAAAGUGCAAGAACAGCUCCAGCAGCAUGCUGACCUCACCAGGAGAACUCAGAGCCUGGGACAUGAGCCUCUGAGGAGACAGGGCUCAUCCACCACCAACCGCCCCCCUCAACCCCUCUCUGCUCAGGCCAUCAAACACAUCUGGGUCCGAACAGCUAUCUUUGAGAAAGUUCUGGACAAGAUAGUGCAGUACAUUGUGGACAACUCUAGUAAAUACUACGAGAGAGAAGCUCUAAUGCAUGACUCAGUCUUCGGGCCCAUCUUGGCAGCCCUGCUGGUGGGGCCCUGUGCUCUGGAGUACACCAAGCUGAAGACAUCGGAUCAUUUAUGGACCGAUCCCUCAGCCAAUGAGCUAGUCCAGCGCCACCGCAUCCAUGGGGCCCACCGGAGUCAGGACACCGCGACAAGCCGUCGACCUGCACUUGGAAUCCGCAAGAGGCAGUCCAGUGGCAGCAUGUCAGAGGACAAGUUUGCUGCAUCAGCGAGAGAGUAUGUUGAGUCGCUUCACCAAAACUCAAGAACACACCUUCUCUACGGCAAAAACAACGUCCUGGUGCAACCGAAGAAGGAGAUGGAGAUGUUGCGGGGCUACUUGUCUCUCCACCAGGCUGGGGAUAACCUCACUCUGAAGUGGACCCCCAACCAGCUCAUCAAUGGCACAUUGGGAGACUGUGACCUGGAGAAAAGUAUCUACUGGGACUACGCACUGACUGUUCCUCUGCGCCAGAUUGUCUGUAUCCACUGCCAUCAGCGCUCGGAUUAUGGUGGUACACUAGUUCUGGUAAGUCAGGAUGGGAUCCAGAGGCCACCUCUUCACUUCCCCCCUGGUGGUCACCUCCUGGCUUUCCUCUCUUGCCUGGAAACAGGCCUCUUACCGCGUGGUCAGCUGGAGCCCCCCCUCUGGUCCAAGAAAGGCAAGGGAAAAGUGUUCCCAAAACUGAGGAAGAGGAGCAGUGCUGCCCGACUCAUUGACCACGACAGGAAUGGUGAGGAGCAGACAGCUGCUGACUAUGUGUUUCGCAUUGUCUACCCAGGAUACCACUACGACGCCAUCACUAUAAAUUACCACCACACCACGGGCAGCCGCGCUCCGUCGCUGGACGAUGACGAGGAAGAAGAAGAUAGGCUCCAUGCUAUGAUCUCAAUGAUCUGCUCGCGGAACCUCACAGACCCUAAUGUCAUGAAAGACCAUGGGGAAAUGAUGGAGAUGCAGUGUUUUGGCGGAAGCCCGUCGUCAUGGCAACAGGCCGAAGUAAUCGCUCAUGAGUCCCUGUGCCAGUCCUGCUUCACCGCUGGUAGCAAUGUGUCAAUCGACUACCCGGCUGGCUGUACCUGCAUACACGAACCAUCAGACAUUCACACUAUUCCUCUAAAGAUGCUCUGCCAGAACAUGAAGAGGCAGAUAGUCUCCAGAGCCUUUUAUGGAUGGCUGGCCUACUGUCGACACCUGUCCACUGUGCGAACUCAUCUGUCAGCUCUGGUCAACCACAACAUUGUUCCUCCAGACAGACCAUGUGAGGCAUCCGGGGGCCUCAGCAAAGAGGUGUGGAGCAAGUACCAGAAAGACUGCAAGAACUAUAAGGAACUGGAGCUGCUGAGGCUGGUUUACUAUGGUGGAGUGCAACAUGACAUUAGGAAGGAGGUCUGGCCUUUCCUGCUGGGACACUACAAAUUCGGCAUGGGCAAAAAAGAAAUGGGUCAGAUUGAUGCAAAGAUCAGUGAGCGUUACCAGCAGGUAAUGCAGGAGUGGAAGGCUUGUGAGGUGAUUGUUAAGCAGAGGGAGAAGGAGGUGCAGUCGGCCAUCUUUGCCAAACUGUCCUCAGGCAGCAGCAUUGACAGUCAUGUCCUACGACUGGUUCACAGAGACUCCACACUCAGUAAUGAGGUGUUCAUGUCAGUGGAUGAGCCCGACGCAGGCAGCCAGGAGACCCCCAGUGGAGAGGACUGUACUCCCACCACGACAACCUUGGUCCCUCCUGCCGCCCUCCCCCCAGAGGAGCGUCCUAUAGUGGAGUUUGACUCUCCAGACUCGGGUCUCCCCUCCUCCAGAAACUACUCAGUGAACUCUGCUCAUUCCCAGAUCCUGUCAAGCAUAGACGACGGUCAGAGCACGGAGGAGGAAGGGGGGGGUGGGGAUGAGGGCAGGACUCCAGGUGGGCUGGGGCGGCAUGAGGACUCUCUGACCGAGGACAGGCUGUGUUGCCAAUUGGACAAACUGGUGACCAAUGGAGCAUCUGCUGAGGGGAUAUCACCAUCACUGUCGUCAUAUACAAUUGAGCUUUUGGACAUAGUCGCCCUGAACCUCCACAGGAUAGACAAAGAUGUACAACGCUGUGACCGAAACUACUAUUACUUCACUACAGCCAACCUGGAGAAACUACGCAACAUCAUGUGCAGUUAUGUGUGGGAACAUUUGGAGAUGGGCUACGUUCAGGGUAUGUGUGACCUGCUCGCUCCACUCAUGGUCAUCCUUGAUGAUGAGAGCCUGGUGUACAGCUGUUUCACUCAGCUAAUGAAGAGGAUGAGUCAGAACUUCCCUAAUGGUGGAGCCAUGGACACACAUUUUGCCAACAUGAGGUCACUGAUCCAGAUCCUGGACUCUGAGCUGUUUGAACUGUUUCACCAAAAUGGAGAUUAUACUCACUUCUACUUUUGUUACCGCUGGUUCCUGCUGGACUUCAAGAGAGAGCUCCUGUACGAGAAUGUGUUUGCAGUGUGGGAGGUGAUCUGGGUGGCUCCCAGAAUUUCUUCGCAACACUUCGUCCUCUUCCUGGCCUUGGCACUGGUCACAGUUUACCGUGAGAUCAUCAUGGACAACAACAUGGACUUCACUGACAUUAUCAAGUUCUUCAAUGAGAUGGCUGAGCGUCAUGAUGUCCAACACAUCUUGAAGAUAGCACGUGAGCUUGUCCACAAAGUUCAGUCUCUGAUGGACAACAAGUGAUCGAAGAGCAAGAGGAGGAGGAGAAAUAGGAUAAUGCAGAGGGAGAAAAUGUUUUCUCCCCCAGAGUGACUUCCAGAGCUCCGUUGAUCCAGAGAAGGUCAAUAGGGCUCAGGUCUCCUCCCUGUCCAAUGAAAGGUCCUGGGAGUGGGGCUGCGGUGCUGCUGGAACAGACUGGCUCUGGAGCUUGGCCUGGAUCUGCUUACAUUUACCUUCACAUGGAAUGCUCAUGGUGUCCUUUCAGAAAUGUGGAUUGGUGUGCAUGCUUGUAAGUUUGAUCACACUGUAAGCACAUUCUUGAGUCUCCCCAGUCUUGUAGUUUGUGUGUGUGCAUGAAAACACACAAUACACAUACACACAAAUACAAACACACACAUGCACACUCAACAUUAGUCAUUAAUCAUUACUUUGAUUUCUAGAGUUUCACCCUUUUCCUCAACUCUGAAACAGAAUAUUUUGGAUAGAGGCUGAAUCGUUCUGUGUUUUUUGGAUGUGUUCCUCCAGCAGAGGCCAGUAAUGUUCAGGAUUUAGAGGACCAGAGGACUAAGCCACGUAGAAGUUUUCAUUAGUGACCAAAUGGACUGUGCCAACUACCUUUUCAUGAGUGUUUUCUACAACUAGCAUGUGUGUUUUUACCCCAACCCAAUCCCUGUUUUUCUUUUUGUCAAGGACUUUAUUAUCACACAAAUGUUGCCUUUAUCAGUAAUAGUCCAAGGUACUUGUUGCACUUUUUGUGAGGGUUUCCUUCCUGGCAUCUGUGAAGGCCUCUUCGCAGUCUGAGGAGGCUGGAGGUGCCACAAGAUGCCAAAUUGUUGAGAAACUCAGGAUGAUAUGCAGCCAACUUUUCUGAGCAUGUCAGUCAGUGGUCAGAGCAUGUUUAAUCCUCGUUCCAAGAUGGAAAACCAAACCAACAGUAGAGCACAACAUGUACCCCAUGAUUUUAAUUACGCUUCUAACAACCAUUGAGGCCAGGCCCUUAGGAAUAUCUCUGGAAUUUGGGACAAUGAAUUUGGGAAUUUAGAUGCUUUGAUUAAAAACACAUAUUAUACAUUUGGUUUAAUUUAUGCCUUUCAGAAGAACUACAGUAACUAGUUUUAGCCAAAAUUCUGAUUAAAUUAAGGGAUUAAACGUUCCCAAUCACACAUGCAUCACAUCACACAUAUGUGUAGUAGUGUGGGGAGGGCGUUUAAACAAGAUUUAGACCAUACACAGACAACAAACACUAUGUAUAGGAUUAAUGAAUAAAUACUAGAUGAAAUUCUGUGAUUGGUUUUUAUUCUCAGCAAUACUUUAAAUUGUCAGUGUUGCUUAGUGACUUUCUAAGAUGUGUUUAGCUGAACUGAGCUCAGUUACUAAAAUCAGCCUCUGUUUUACUGCUUAAGGUUUCAGAAAACAAUGAUUGAAGGAUAUUUGAAAAAAAAAAAGUGAAUCCAUGAAUUAAGUAUCAUUGGUGUGAGAGUGGUGAAGAGAAGGAGUGAAGAGGCUAUAACAAACUUGAAUUGAUCAUAUACCCAUGUCGACAGGGAGAGAUAAGAAUUAGGCUGACUUCAAUAUGAGUUUUAUUAUUGUCAACAGAGCCUAUGACACAAAGUCCCUGGCCUGGCUGAUUAACUGAAGACACAAAUCUUUAAAACUGCUUUCAGAGAUUGAGACUCUUAAAACAAGCAGACCCUUUGAGCCCACUUUACAAUAGAUAGUGCAUUGUUGGGGACUGUUUCCAGUGGCUGAUUAAUACAAAUUGUGUUGCAGUUGACCUUGCCACGGGGCUCUCCCACACACAGCAGCCAGAGACAAACCAUUCAGGUUUCAGCAUUCUAUAUUGCCAUUUAACACACGUCAGCAAACAUAAAUUGAACUUAAAUUAAAGGGGUUAGUCUAAGAUUUGCAGUUCAGUGUCUCUGUCCUCUGUGCCUCGCAUUGACUGCCUCUCAGUGUCCCGUGUGUCUGAGCCAUGCCGGAGGCAGCCCAGUCUCUCCUUUUAAACGUGAGGACCAAUCAGCUUACCACUCUCACAUGUGCUGAAUGAUCCUCUGUGCUGCAGGUGAAUGUGCCCUUGCAGCCCCAUCACCUCCAGAAUCUGGUGUUAUACUGAGUAUUUACAGCAGCAGGAUGUGAGGCUUAAAGGAUUUUCCCGGAUUCCAAAUCUGUAUGGUAAAUGGUUUUGUAUUUAUAUAGCGCUUUUCUAGUCUUGAUGACCACUCAAAGCGCUUUACAUUCACCCAUUCACACACACAUUCAUACAGUGCAUCUAAUCGCAGCGGUUUGUUAUUCUAUGGGGGGCCAUUCAGGUUUCAGCAUCUUGCCCAAGGACACUUCGGCAUGCAGAUGGGACUUCGGCAUGCAGAUUAUUGUAUAUCCCCAAUAAGUCUGGGAAUUCAUGUCAUGAAGGGAGUUUGAUCUGAGAAAUGGACUUUGGUUAACUAAUCAUAUAAUGACAUUUAUUAUAAUUAUUAUACUAUUUCAUACAUUUCACAUAAUAUGGUUAUAAUGGAUCAGCUCUUCACAAAGUAAGAAAAGCACAAAGUCAAGUGUCAGAUUUAUAGUUGACCUGAGGUUAUUAGGGAUUCAGUUGGAGAGGAGGAAUACCCAUAUCUUCUGUCAUGUCAGCAUGUUGUUGUUGGAGUUGUGAGGUAUGAGUGCCAUGCUCUUGGACAUUUAGUUUUUACAUGAGGACAAUCUUGUGCUACAAUAAUAAACUACAUGUCACCCAGUGUUUUUAACAGAGCUCCAUGUGUUCAUAAGUCAUAUAUAUCAGGCUUUACCUGUCUCUAAGUCAUAUUCAAUGUUGGUUAGAGCCAUUUCAUGGGGUUGCAUUGAGCCUCAGAAAUAUCUUGAAGUGAUUUCCUUUGGGAUUGGAGUCAAACAUGCAUAUUGAUCUGAACACAGCAUGAAAGCUAUCAGUAAGAGUGGUUGCAGUCAUCCAUGUUGAACCAAAUUUUUCUACUGCCUCGAGUCCAGCCUAAGAAAAGAAGACAAGCUCAGAAUAGGCUGGUCUAGAUAACCGACCCCCAGGUCACAACACUACCUGAGACAAAAGCUUCUUUUGAUGCCAAACUUUGUUGAGUGUUUAUUGAAUCAGUAUAAAGUUGGGAUUGGCUUCACAGUAAUAGCAAAGAAUACAUUAAUAGUUACAUCUAAAGGAAAUCUGGGACAAUUUUGAUACCGUUUCCAAUCCCCUAAUCAGUGUGACCCUUUAUCUCCACCCACCUCACGUCCUUCAAAUGUCCAAUAUGGUUGCAUAUGAUUGGUCAUCCAGCACGGACCCGCACCUGUGAUUCAAGGGCCAAGAGUCUUCCCCAAUCCUGAAGUGCACUGUAGUCAUCUGUCUCUGAUCCGCUCGUGUGAUCCCAGGAAUGGGCGGUGGUGGUGGAUGUGCCUUGCUACUGCCUCUUCCCCUCCCCCAUCCUGCCUCCACAGCGACAGAAUGGGGUCCUUAAGGAAGCCUGGGCCCACAGCAGAGCCUUUUCUUCCAGGACGUUGUGUACCGAAGCCUUGAAACUAGAGCCCAACUGAUACUGGAUUUUUUUGGGCGGAUUAUGCUGGCGUGUUUUGGGGAGUAAAAAAGGUUGGUAAGUUCUUUAUUCAUUUGAUAGGUUUUGCUAUGUGUUUCUUUUGUCUCAGUUCACCUGCCCAGAGACUACUAAUGAACAUUUGCAAACUACCAACAUGUGGCACAAAUUUUACUGAGAUCAAUCUUUUUCUGCAUUGUAUUCUGUAUAAAUGUAUGAUAUAGGUCUACAUUGGCAGAGAAAAUCGGCUGACUAAUGUAUCGGUCAACCUUUACUUGAAACAGCCCCCUCUGUGGCAUGACAACAUUGUGCAAUUUAAUACAGCAUCUGACUGUUUACCUAUCUGUGUAAAAUAUUUUUGAAUAUGGUGAUCUUGGAUUCUGUAAUUUGUCAUUUGAGAAAAUUCAUCAAACUCUAUAUUCCUGUAAAUAUGAAUCAAGAACCCAAUAUUUCUAUGAAGACAGUCAGAACAUAUAACUUAUUUUAAAUAUAUUUUUUAUGUUGGUUUUAGCGCUAUAGUCGAAGGUGUAAACUGUGCACAGCUGCAGAUUGUGUGCAUACUAUGUACACGUUGACUGUUAAGUGUUCUUCCUCAAUGUUGUGCACUGACUUCAAGAUUAAAAAUUUCUAUUUAUUUAGAAAGCCAGUGAUUGCAUUGCUGAAUAUGUAAUAGUAAGGAUGUGUCAUUUGCCUUGAAUGUACUGUAUUAUUAAAUAAGGGGUUGUUUAGUUGUU